AUGGCAAGUUGGGAUAAGAAACUUCUUAAAGCUGCAAGGGAUGGAAAUAUAAAAGAGGUAGAAUCAUGUGUAAAGAACAGAGCUAAUUUGGAAUGUAGCGAUGAAUUUUUGGGAAGGACACCAUUAAUGUUUGCCGCUGAGGGAGGACACCUGGAGGUGGUGACCUACCUUGUCAGUCACGGCAGUCAGUUAGAGGCCACAACAAGGUAUGGAAGUACACCAUUAAUGUCGGCCGCUGGGGGAGGACACCUGGAGGUAGUGAAGUACCUCGCCAGUCACGGCAGUCAGUUAGAGGCCACAUCCGAGUAUGGACGAACAGCUUUACAUUAUGCUGCUCAGAAUGGACAGAUUGAUGUAACAAAAUGGUUAAUAGAUCAAGGAUGCAGUCCUUGGGUGAAAUCAUUGGAGGGUCAGACUCCUUAUGAUAUAGUAACAAUGGAGUGGUAUGACUCUUCUGAAGAUAAAAGGAAGAAGAAACAUGAGAAAGAAGUGAUGGACUUCCUUAAGACUGUCAUGUUAAAGACUCCAGAAGAAUACACUAUGUUAAAUCGUUUAACGGGUAAAGGAACUUACGAAUCGUAUGACAUGCGCUGUAUGGUUACUGGCCAGUUCGCCGUCGGAAAGUCUACUCUGGUGAAGCUAUUAGUGGGGGACAUCAUUCCCGAAGGAAGACAUCCUACAGAUGGUAUCUCUCUUCUUGAAGGUCGAUGUGGCCUUGAAGUCCAGACAAGAGAAUGGAUUCUUAUAAAUCCAGAAACUUAUAAUGCCAUGGAUGUGGUAUACAAUAAGGUUUUAAUGACUUCAACAGAAGAAAAGGAUCCUCAUCCAAUAGAAAAGUUGGACAAACAUCAAACAUCAGAUAUUAGUCCUUCUAGAAGUAAAGAUGAUGACAUGGAUAAUACAGGUGUUCUACAGCAGUCACAAGCUAUUGCAUUGCCUCUCCCAUUAAACACAUUAGUUAAUCUCACCAACCAAUCUCCAGCAGCCCUUAAUUUGUCACCUCAGGCGUCCUCUAUUGUGCCUCUAUCACGACAUCAGCUGAAACAGAAAAUGAAAGCAAAGAUGACUAAAGAUGAAAUCAGAAGAAAAAUGGAAAUAGUUCUAAAGAGUGGAAAAUACAAGAUGAAAGUGGGACGACUUAUUUUCUGGGACUUUGGUGGACAGUACGUAUAUUAUACUACACACCAGACCUUCAUGACCUACAGAGCUUUGUUUCUGGUUGUAUUUGAUGGAAGUAAAGGAUUACAUGAACAGGUUCCAGAUGUCUUGUGUUUUCCAGGGCAGCAUAUGACUCCAACCCCAGCAGUAUUCUUACAACACUGGGUCAACUGUAUCCUUACCUAUUGUAAGGCAGUCUAUACAGGCAUUCCAAAGAUUUUGUUUGUUGCUACUCAUAAAGACAAAGUACCAAAGGAAGAUAUUGAAACACGGCGUGCCGAGUUAUAUAGAGGAGUAGAAGAGUUAUUUAAAGACCAUGAAGGACGACGACAUCUGGUCAUCGACAACCAAAUAUUUGUCAAUGCAACAGACAACACAGAUCCAGAGAUCAAUGUUCUAAAGAAAGCAAUCACAGAUCUAACCUUUCAACAUCCAUGUUGGGGAGAGUCAAUGCCCAAUGCCUCUGUUCCCCUUGAACUUGAGAUUGCUAACCUGGUAGCAAAAGGGACACAAAUAUUGUCAUUGAAAGAAGUUGAAGAAUUAAAUUCCAUCAGCAAGGUGUCCGUCUUGUCAAACGAAGAGCUGAGAAAAUUUCUAAAAUUUCACCACUCACUGGGGAAAUUAGUCUAUUUCGAUACCCCACAGUUGAAAGGUUAUGUGAUCAUCAGUCCGCUCCUUCUGGUCGAAGUGAUGAGAUCCUUUGUUACAGGUAUUAUAUGA